ACCAAGUCAAACCUGAAAUUGUGUCGCUCCUACUGAAAAAACAAAAAUGAAAAAACUUCGCAAACAAAUCGUAUCCGUUUCCAGAACCAAACUACCCAAAAAAACUAAAUCCAAAACCAAAAAUCACUUCCCCUUCCUCACAACAAUUUAUUAUCUUCUCUUCGCGCCUUCUUCUCAUCAUCUUCCGCCAUACCUAAUUCCCUCUCCAACCUUUCUUUUGCCGCGCACAAAUGUCGAUGAGAACUGUGAAGGUCAGCAAUAUCUCGAAGGCUACUUCGGAGAGAGAUAUUGAAGAAUUCUUUUCAUUCUCUGGUGAAAUCCUUUAUGUUGAAAUGCAAAGGUUAGUGAUUCUGUUCUAUGUGUUGAUUUAUUUGAAGAAAAAAAAGCAUGUUGAAGAAUUUGAUUUUGUUUGUAGAGAAACUGAAAAUACUCAGGUUGCUUAUGUUACAUACAAGGAUUCUCAAGGAGCAGAUACUGCAAUUCUUUUGACAGGAGCAAAAAUUGGUGAUCUAUCUGUAACAAUUGCUCUGGUUGAGAAUUAUCAUCUUCCACCAGAAGCAAUGUCAUCAAUCCUGGAUAAAAGGCAAACUGUUACUGGGAAUGCUCCGAAUCAGGCAGAAGACGUCGUAAGUACAAUGCUUGCUAAGGGCUUCAUCUUGGGGAAGGAUGCUGUCAACAAGGCAAAAGCGUUCGAUGAACGGCACCAGUUGACAUCGAAUGCUUCUGCGACUGUCACGUCCAUAGAUCGCAAGAUGGGCAUAACAGAGAAGAUAACUGCAGGCACAGCAGUAGUAAAUGAAAAGGUCAGGGAGAUGGAUGAAAAGUUCCAGGUUUCUGAAAAGACGAAAUCCGCUCUCGCAGUGGCCGAGCAGAAGGCAAGCAGUGCAGGAACUGCGCUCAUGAGUAACUAUUAUGUGUUUACUGGAGCAGCAUGGUUUUCAAAUGCAGUAACUGCUGUUACAAAGGCUGCUGAGGAAGUGACUCAGAUGACCAAGGCAAAAGUCGAGAAAGCCGAGGAGGAGAAAAAGGAGAGUAUAUACCGCGAAAGAACUGGGAUCAUCAACAACUUCGCCGAGCUCCAUCUCGACGAGCCAUUACCAGGGGAGCCUGCUAUUGUUCCAGUUAAUUCAGCUGAUAGAUAAACAGUAAGUUGUGCAUCAUAUUCAUGAAAGCAGAAAUCCUACACUUGUGAAUUACUUUGCUUACCCAUUUUGCUGUAUGAUAUACAUUUCAUCUAGAUGUUGAAAUGUUGCGACAUUUUUUUGAGUACAAAAAAAUUACUUUUUGGAUGCUUGAUUGUAUACCGUUUCACUUAACUAAUGUAAUUUGUAAUUUACAAAUAUAGAUUAUUGUCUCGUUUUCUUUUA